GAUGUCCACAGACAUCUCUUCUCCGUCUGUUUUUUCUAUAUGAGCACACUCUAGUGCAUAAUAAAUACCAUUCUAGGUUAUGUAUUGUUAUCAUCACUUAAUCUCUGCCAAAAAAAAUAUAAAUUAUUAGUAGUGACCUUUGUACAACUACCCAAUCAAAUGGCAAUUUUCUAUUUAUCCUUGUACGUUGAUUGUGUUCGGUGUCUUCAGCCUAUAACAAACAUUUCAUUCAUAACGUAAUGGUGUUUAGAUUCAAGGAAAUGUAAAUAAAUAGUUACUUUAGUAAAUUGACCGUUAAAUUAAGUGUAGAUAGUUUAUCAAUGAUGUAUCGUCCUGCGGGAGAGACUGAUGAGAGGCCCAUCCUGGAGGCAGGAACGGUGUACCUCUUGAUGAAAAAGGGAUUUCCCAUAUCCCGAAAUGUCAGGGCCCAGUGGAUCUUGGAGCACCUAGACACUGUGAUAACCAUUCAAACCCAGAGGCAUGAUCCCGAUGAAGCUCCAGAACUGGAGGUAGUCUCCAUCAUUCCCAAAGACCACUCGUCCCCCUGGAGUGACGACACCAGUCAUGAGUACCAGUACAGAAUAACUUCAAGUUCAUCGGUGAUAUUUCUCGCUCACAAGUACCGAAUGGUCUUUUGCCUGGACCUAAGUCCCUCCUUAGGAACUAUUGACAUUCAGCGUGGAGAAGUGGUGAUGGACGAGGUUUACAUGGCGAUGAAACAGUGCUUGGAGAAUGUCUCCAAAUCCUUCACCGUCCCUGGAACUAAACGAAUCCUUCGACCAGAGAUCUAUGUCACGAUAAUCGUGCACACCCCAUUCUUCACAAAUCCAGCCCAACAGGUACUAGUUCAGAGUUGGCUGAUAACAUCUGAGAACAUCCUUUAUCUCAUGCAGUUCAUUGAGAAACGUUUGAACUCCCUCGAGGAGAACAUUGCGAGGGCAGAGGCUGAAAGAUCCUCCUCUGGGAUAUUUGAGGAUGAGAUAUCGGCGAUGGGGAUGACUUUAAACUCAUCCCACUCUCUCUCUAAUAUGUCUGUGAUCUCCUCUGAAGCGAGCUUCAUCAAUAUGCUGAGGUAUGGAAUGCUGGCCCUGGCUCUCCUCCCAGAGCACAGCUGUGCUCACCUAGUAAUAGUAACUGAUGGAAUAGUUGGGAUUUCUGACGUAUACAUUCUAGACUCAAUGGUCCAGCAAUUGAGAGCCUCGACAAUAGCCUGCAGUUUCCUGCACGUAGGAAGUGCUUAUCACCCUCACUGUGCAAAUGGUCUAGUACCUUAUCAAGACAUCCUCUGUUUCCUGGCUACAGCGACCCUUGGUUGCUACAUGACCUUUAUGCCUCAAUUCUCCACCAACGAAGACAUGAACAUCUAUCACAGGAACUUCCUCUGCUGGCAGUUGUACAGAACAGUGCCCAGUGAACACUCGAUAAAAUCUAACUACUGGCAAACCGACAACUCUCUGUUCUACGGUUUUCAGCCUCAGCUCCUCAGAAAGAAGCAAAUUGAUAACAAAGUCACCUGCACCCUCAGUUCACUCCUCUGUUGUCGAUUGAGAGACGGCUAUUUAAUCAAGAGAAUGUCUUUGAGAGAUGGAAACAUCGAGAUCUGCUUUAUUCUCCCCUGGAAGACGCAUGUGUUCCUCGAGUACUUCAUCUCGAGUGCCUGGCCACCGAAAUCAGUGGCAACUUGCAACACAAUUCAGUACACAAUAGCUGUUGAAGCCCCUUAUGAAUUUCUUCAUGACAUUACCUGUCUCUCGAAAAAACCCCUAAAGUCGCAGUAUCGACAGAAUGUAGUGUCCAGGUUCUGGGCGACUUUGAGCUCUCUUACAGAGAAUGACACAAUGUUGGAACACUUCAGUUGGUUUCCAGAGCCAGGCUGGACCUGGUACAACGUACCAGACACAAUCAGAAGUGGAAUGCCUGUGUUCUAUUUGCCAGCCUAUCCUCUAGCAACUGCUGUUCAAUUGAGUGAUGCAGUUUGCCCUCAGUUUGGGAAGAUCUGGAAGCCAGUGGCAUCGCUGGACUCGAACCAAUGGGCACGUUGGAUGCACUCUCAGAGGGUCACUCUCGUCCUCACUCACGACAGACCCCUUCCCAAAUAUCUCCAUCAGGCAAAUCAGAGUGGAAGGUUUCAGUGCAUUCAGUGUCGUCAAGGGGCUGCUGUACUCUACGCAAUGCUCAAGAACUGGGCGACUUUCGUUCUAGUCGAGAAUCACACGUAUGUUCAGUUUAUUUAUAGAGAGCCGGAGAAGCCACCAGUGUCCUUUUCGGUUAUUAGAAUCAACUCGAAGGCACUUUGCGUAGUUCUGCAUGUGGCAUUUGCUGGAGGUACUCAAGGAGUUGUCAGGCACAACCUCGUGAUGGACCUGGUGGAGAGGCUCUCGAAGCUUACGUUGCCUAAUAGACCCACGGAGAUGAGGGAGACUCCUUGCUGCACGAUUAUUCAUAAAUCCUUGGAAAGAAUUCUCAUUCGGUACGAGAGAAUGCCGACAGAUUUCAAUACUGUCGUUUUUCCAGAUGGAACACAACCCAUUGUCAAGUGUGUGCAGACUCCUGGUGGUGUCCUCACAACGACUUUAUCUAGGUAUUUAUUCCAUUUUCGCUGGUUAUGGAAUGUCAAACGACCGGUAAUCCAAACGAUUCCUGGAAUCACUGUACCCAAGCUCAAUAUCACCGCAAUUGCGCGGAUUCUUUCGACUAUCACCAAGAUGAGGCUAAAUGAGGGCUUCAAUUUUGCGUACUCGGCUGCGGGAAUCAUUAAUAUGGUGCUGGAGGUGGAGAUGCUGGGGGCGAUGAACGAAUAUCACCCAUGCGUUAUCCAGUAUGUCAUUUUUCCACCACACACUAUUAGCAGUCCUAGCAUGGAGAAGGAUAGUGAGUCUGAGGAGGAAAGCGACGAGGGAACCGCUGAUGGAGAAGCUGGCAACGAUGAUAGUGAGAAUUCCGGAGACUAUCAGAUUGUCACUGAGGUAUGGGUCGAGCCACAGUGCGGCAGGGUCAAGGCCGGACAUGCUACGGGAGCGUAUACGGAUGGAUUAAGUUAUCAUCAAUUUCCAGAUGCUAUAUGCCGAAUUGAUGAAGAGUGCAUAAACGCCCUUUUGACUCUAGAGCACUUGAGCUUGCUGAGUCAGGUGGAGGCCCGCGAGGGCAGUGCUGAUCCGACCAAUGGAUAUCAGUACCAGAAUAAUUUGUAUAAUCAGGGUAAUCGGGGGCCCUCACGACGGACAUCCAUCAAUAAUUUCACACAAUCCAAGCCGUUUCUCGAUACACCCUCUAGAGAUGAUAACAUCGAUCAUAAAUUAUUUAAUUUCGAUGCUCUGAGCAUUCUUCCCAAGUGCCAACAAGCUGAGUUGCUGUUCUCCAUGUUCGCUGAUGGACCAUCAUUUGCAGAAGACAAUGCGGAGAACACAAACAGUAUUCUCCUUGAGAAUCUCAUGGAUCAUAUGAAGCACCUCCACAACAAGGAAAUCAUUCUGACCGCUUCCGAAUCUCAAGAAUUCACAGAAAUGCUCUUCUCGCGCCCCCGCGAGGUCUCCACUCCUCUGCCCUUUUCCCAAGACCUCACCGAGAAGCAGAAGAACUCGAUAAGAUGGCGAUGCUUCAUUAAUGGCAUCAGUACAACCCACAUAAUCCUAACACUCCUCCCUUCAACAGAGAAAGACGUACGAACACUGUUCAAUCCAUCCCUGAGACAUCGAAAAUACUCGAGAGAGAAGUCACUAGAAAAAUUAGACAAACUGUCCCCAUCCGAGGAGAAAGCCAUCCCCUCAUGGUUCGGUACUCCUAAGAAAUUUGAGAUUGAAUCAAGCAUCUCUAGUCGGACGACGACUACUGAGAGUACUCCAAAGACAGAUAGAAGACGAAGAGUUCCCUCUGGGGGACCUAAAUCAGGCCUGAUCCUCCCAAUUUAUGUCUAUGACUGCUCCCUAGCACUCCUCAUCGAGGUCCUCAUUAACAAGUUCAAUUCCCCGAGAUCCAAAGACAUCUACCAGAACAAUACAUUCUCAGUAGGUCAACACAUCCAUGAGGACUUCAUCCACUUAAAAUCCUCAAACGAUUGUAAAUCAGCAUCUCCGGAGCCGAAGAGUGAAGAUUCUGACAAUGGAACUGAUCAGAGGAGCCUUUUGGAGCAUUGUAAACUCCUGAACCUGGCUCACUGCCAUUGUUUCGUUGUGGCUGUUUAUAAAUCCCUCUCCCUGCAGCUGCAACUCUCCUAUGAGGACAUGGAGGCUGCUGUGGAGCAGUGUGAAGAGUCUCUCAUCGAGAUCAACAUAACAGACUAUUUGAAAACGGUUUGUAAGCACUUGAACCCAUCAAGUUCGCUCAGACAAUCAGAGCCUGAGAGUUACACCUGCUCCACCUGCGUCGAGUUUCAACCCCUUCACAAUCUCAUUCGAGAGAAGUUUAAGAGGAUCAUCCAGGUGGCCUUCAAACCCGUUCCAGCACACCCAGAGUUCUACUACUGUUCUCCCCUGCACAAUCCCGACAGGCAAAGGGAGUAUCAUAGGUCUGAUAGCGACGACGACUUGGCGGAGGGCUUGGCAUGCCCCUCGGAUAUCGAGUGGCAGUUUGAUGGACAAAUUAAGACAGUUUCCUCCAAUGGUACCUGGCCCAUUUCCAACAUGAGGGAUGAUAUCAAGCUCUUCAGUUACGACUCCACUGAAUCCCUGAUCAGUGAUCUACGCGAGGACGAGCGCAACUGCAACGAGCAGCCACUCUUCCUUCAGCUGAACUGCUCAGUACACUCGCGAUCCCACUUUUCCAGUAUUCCUGUUAAGCUCCUCCCUACGUGUUUCGCGGAGCUUCAACAACACCUCGAUGACUACACAUUUUCUGACUUCGAUAAUGUUAAAAUAACUUUGGACAUAAUAUGCUUGAAUCUCCCGAAGGAAGUCUUGGAGGUGAGUCUCGAGCGUGUGGCCUUGAGGACGACGUCCUACUGCAGUGCCUCUCCAGUUGGAAGUCUGAAGACAGAGAGUGAAAGUAGCCCUGGGAACGACACAGCAUUAUCAGAGGAUUUAUUAUUGAGGGAACGAAUUGCACAUCUGCCUCAUCAUCAGCACAAUGCGAUUUCAAAUCUGAGAAUGGAGAUCGAGUGGCUCCUGAGAGACGAAAUAGCGACAGCCCUGCUGGAUAGGACGCCUGCGACAGAGGAGACCUUGGAUUUCGUGGCUAAACAUGUGGCUGAAUCCAGUGGGACAACCAGUUGUCACCUAGAUAAGGUUCCUCUACAGUUCGUCUUCUCCUCGAGUAACAGUGCCCCCAAGUUCCACGAGGAGCUCAUAAAGAUGGAGGUGGAUAGGUACAAGAUUAAGCAACUAGAACGAUUCUUAUAUUUUGUGAAAGAUAACAAGACAGUCAGUGAAGUAGAAACCUCGUGCAACGAAACGAAAUUAGAUAUAAAUGAUGAGGAUAGAUCGACAGUGGAAUUAGACGAUUCAGAUAGCCCUCAGGACGUCAGUAGUCGGACCUCGAGGCAGGACUCUGGAGAUCCUCCAGGAUGUCAUUCGGAGAUCUCCAGUAUUGGUGAGGGCCAUCCAGGAACGGACGAUGGAUACGAGGGAGACAGCAGCAACUCCGAGGACGACUGCUGUUGGCUGGUUGAUCUUGGUAAACGAAGAGACUCUCUUCCCAACUUCUGGUUGAUCCUCCAGGUACACAGGAACCAUGUGAACGUUUAUUUCCACUGUAGGUUUCUGGAGUUUGCCUCGCCUGAGGUUGAUAAGUAUAGGCAAGUUCAAAAAAUGGUGGUGGCACAGAUAAGUGCCAUAUGCAAGAGAGUUAAUCAAUAUCUAUUAUUGGAGAGUCUCCAUGACACGAGGAAUUGUGAUUCUCUGCUGGAACCAGAGUCUCAUGAAGACCACAACUGGAGAGCGGACUCCACGAGUGAAUCAGGAUUGAUCCCCAAGCAUGAGUCAGUAAUGAAUAUGAUCCCUGGUAUGUUCAGGUGUUCAGUGGUCUGGGAAGUUCCCUUUUCCCUCCAUCCUAGGCUGAAGACAGGGCCUGGGAGAUCAGGAUUAUCUAGAGGGAUCAAGGCUCUUCACGUAGUAUUGAGCAGAUUCUCAGUUAAUAACAGAAACAAUAUGUUUGUUUAUCGUGAAAACAAUUCUAACGUUUUCUACCUUCGACUGCACGAACAAACUGGGGAUGGUAAGCCAUUGCAGAAUAAAUUAUCUGAGUCUGAUGAGAAACUGAUGGUCUCCAGGAGCAGUAGUAUCACUUCCUUAUCUCAAUCAAGAAAUCAUGGAGUACAGCAGGAUCAGUCGAGGAUCGAUGACACUCGACCCAGGGUCAGAUCCUUUGGGGAGAAGGACUCUGAUUAUCUCAGCAAAUGUGAAGACUCAAUCGUGCUGAUGGUCCAUGGAAUAUCAGAGCCUGGUGUGGAAGUGAAGCAGGAUCUAGUUCAGGUUCUCCAUAAUAGGCUGGAUGAUGCAGUUUUAGAGGUGCUUUCUGUGAUGCUAGCUAGGAAUCCAAUGUGUAAAUUAACUCCAGCUGAUGUUCACUUCAUUCAGAAGCCUUACAGGUCACCUGAGAGCUAUGUACAGUUCUCGAUCCAGCCGUAUUACUCGUCCCACAUGAACGCCCUCGCCUACUACCUGAGACAGAAUGUUCUCCAAUUCCUAUACAUCCCUAAAUACACAGAUCCAAGGAGACACUAUCACUUCCAAGAUUACUCACAGCCUGAGGGAUCCAGUAAACGCGUUCCCGAGACUGACAUUUUUUUAAACAAUCAGAGCCAGUCGAGUGGUAACAAGGGAAUUGCCUGUAUCGCCAUGGCCAUCUCCAAGGACAUGAACGAGGCUGAUUGCCUCCUAAAAUUUCCUGGAUAUUUGUCCCCCCUAGAUUUCAAGGACGUCGUGUCCACGAAUUCUUACGAAGGCACCAGCUCCUGCGCAUCACCGAAUUCCCCCAUAGAGUUCAGAAUAUGGAGACAGGGGAGAGUGUACCUGGAGACUCUAGUGGAAAAAUUGAAGGCUGCCAUAAAAUACGCGACGUGGGAUCUAGUCGUCGAAUAUCGUCUUCUUCCUGUGCCAUUGACUGUUUUUAGAGGUGACGAGAAGCAUAACUUGACGGACGGUUUAGAGGGAGAUUCUCCAAGGAAUGAAUCUCAAAGUCAGCGACAAAUGGGAUUGGAUGAAUUGGGGGAAGUCGGAGAGUUACAUGAGAUUUACUAUAACACACUUCCCUCCUGGUUUCAAUUUGCGUUAGACAUGGGAGUGCCUUCAGUGAAAAAACAUAUUGUAACUAUUCAACACAGACAUCCCAUUCCCACCAUCGUCAGGGAGCUACAGAAUUUGAUACGAAUUAAUGCACCUGAGACCUCCACGAGAAGUUUCGUGUUGAAACAGACUCAACCGUUUGUCAUUGACCAUUCUAUUGAGACAUCCACUCGGCUACCGUUUACACAGGAUAAUGACUUAGAUGAGGGUGUCUCUAAAGACGGAGAUGACAAAAUAGUUUAUGUGCCAUACGAAUUUCCUCAGGACGAACAGAGAUCCUUCACGAAAGCAGUGGUAGUAGCAAGAAACUUCAAGCAGUGGAAGGCAUCCUUCAGUGAAUACCCUGAUCCCGAGUUCUUAAUACCGAAGGAUCAGAAACUCCUUCAAAAGUUCAAUCCCAUGAUCCAAGAGUCGACCUUUAUCCCCCGACAACGAUUGCUCCUGGCGCAAGUUGAGAGCAACCAGGUCGUGAUUUAUAUGUACAACUGGUCCAAGGAACGAUCAGAGAAAUUGAUAAAACAAGUGUCUAGCUUGGCGACCUGGUUGUCAUCUCGAUCUAUCCUAUUUUCAAGCAUAACUCUUCAGAAAUUAGGAGUAUUUCAUCAUCAGCCGGUGGACACUUAUCACCACCGUGACGAUCACCCCCAAUAUCAAAUAUCGGACUUGGAGAGUCUCGCUAAGUUUCCAUUGACAGCAGAAGGCAAGGAGUGGCCCAGGAGAAGUGGGCAACUCAUAAAAUCAGUUCCUCAGUACUCUUGGGAUCGAAUGCUAGGGCAAGUGAUGAGAGACGCCAGGCCCACCAUGCAGUAUCCCCCGAAUACUCCAGACCCAGUGGUAAAAGGAAUUUAUGACCUUCAGGACCUCUAUCAAAGAGAAAGAAAAACCAAAGAUGAUUUAACGAAGUUGUACACAAUGUGGCAGAGCAGAAGUGCAGCUCCCAGCAUCCCCAUGCCAGCCCUCACUCUACAGACAUUCAAACAGUACUCUCGACUAAUCCACUACUGUCAUACGCCAAUCCUCUUCUUGCCCCAGUGGAGGAUCCAAUCCGCAGCAACGAGAGAUCACUCCUUAACUCCCCCCUCUUCAAUCUCUCCAAUUACCUCUCAAGUCUCUCCUAUUUACAAAAAACUGGACAAAAAUUCCGAGAAGACAGUGGACUCGUGGCAUCAAGCGCUCUGUGCCUCCAUGCUCUCGGAGUAUAAACAAUACCUCCAACUCCUGGGGUUCAACCCAGUCCAGAUCGAUGGAGACAAGGGCAAUUCUGAUGAUCCUCAUCAAGUUUGCUAUCUCAAGAAAUCCAUGCUUGGAGGUAUCCUAGUCUUCGAGAUUCACCUGUCAGAGCCUUUUUUCAUCGUUAAGCUUCACAUCAUCGAGUGCAAUCGACUCCAGACGAAAUCCAACACAGGAUCGGUGAAUCAAUUUAUGUCCAGUUUUGUUGAUGCCUGCGAUAAAAUCAAGAUCAACAUGCAUCUUCAUUCCUUCACGUAUGACUUUCAUCUUCGUUGCAUUCACUCAUACAUCGCAGGUACUGGCCAAUGGUCGUUGCAGCAGGGAUAUCAUCUGACCCAGUUCCUGGAUGAUUUUAUCAAGUAUUACAGCAAAGCACCUAAUUUCGCGAGGAAUUUGGUCUACAGUGAUGUUGUUACUGUGAGCAGCUUGACGACUCCGGCUCACACUCUGUAUUCCUAUCUACUGUCCCACGAGAAAACCUAUGGAAUGCAGGUCUUCGGGAUGACAAGUGACUCUCAGGAUACCAGAGACAGUGAGUACGUCCUGGUGAGGCUCCAGAGUACACCUCUAGUCAGUUACUGUGACGCACAGGACACCAAAUACACUGAUGAUUUCAUCGUUGCUCUGAUUGUCUCUAAGGAGGAUCACUCGCCCCAGGUCGAGAAGACGGAGAUCAGUCUCAAGUUUUACCUGAUAUUAACCAGCAAAAGGGAGCUGUAUCCGAAACGGGAAGUGGAGAACAACAAAUUGGGAAAAUUCCGGACUGUUUACAGUGUUGUAAAGACAACAACAGGUGCCCACGUGGAUAAUUAUCUGGAGUCUGGACCAACGACUCCAGUUCCAUCGUCAGAGAAGAGUCUCAAGGACGACAGUGCCACGGACUCUGAGUAUACGGAGAGUAAUUCUGAUUCUGUGAGUUCAGUGAGGGAGAAUUCUAAGAAUGAUCAGGAGGACAAGAGGGAGAUGGCCCCGACACCGCCACCAGUGCCCACUUCCCCUCUCAUGAGUGCUAGUACUGGAAAUACUCCUGAAUCUCCGCAUUUUAUGCAGAUUCGUCAGGAGUCUGUGAACUACUUAGGGUAUUACUCAUCCCAUGAGCAGUUAAUGCAGCAGUUGAUAAUUUCCCAGGCGAAGGCUGCGAGGCAACACAUUACCAAUAUGAUUGAAAGGGGAACACUGCAUUGCAGAACUCACCUUCUCUGGAAUAAACUCCUGGAGAACAAAUCAACGAUGAGUUAUACUGAAUUCAUGGAGCUUAGAUCAUUGGCUAAAGCUGAAAGUCUGUCUGCUCUCGAUACCAGAUUGAGUCCUCUCAUCAAUCAGCCCAUUGGGUGGUAUCAAACGCUGGCUAAGGUCCUCCAGAAUAAAUAUCAGGAGCAUCACAAGCAGUUCAGCACUCCUGACGGAAAUGUCACUCACCAUUUGAUACUUCACCCUAGUUAUCUGCAGGCCUUCAUGAUGCUGACGAUUGAUUUGCAUACGUCUAGGGGGGAACUUUAUGCAGUUUAUCGCAAGUCAGCUGAAAUAACAAGUUCUCCAUUCAACCUGAGUGAAAUUCAUAGUCUAAUCGAGGGAUUCGUAAAUGCGUGUUGUUUCCACCUAUGGAUGGGCCUGUGCAGUCAAUAAAAAUACGUAAAUCAUCGCAUAAUUCAUAACUCUUCAACAAUGUGUAUAAAAAAUUUAUGUUGGCUUGUAAAAAGUAUGUCUCAAUUAUGGUGUGCAUCUGUAAAUACGAAAUACAUUAUAUAUUUUUCUUGUUACAAA